AUGGAGCCGGCGACUGACACUGAUGCUCCAGCUAUGCGUGAGUCUGCCGCGCCAGAGCUACAAGAGGCCGAGUUCGAAGCAUUCAAAGUCAGUCGAGUCAUGUCUCUUCGUAAAGACAUCUGGCAGUUGAUUGCACCAUGGCGCCAUUGUGGGAAGAAGCCACCAUUCACUGUUGGCGAAAUGGCAGUGUUCGCAAUGAUCCACAGCAAUGAGCACGACGACUCGGAUAGAGAUGUGCAUGUUCUGUCUGUCGCAGAGAUACAUGCCUCAAUACUGCUCACGUUCAGCUACUACGGCAAGCUUGCCAUCAACGCUUUUGCAUACUUUUCGGCGCUGCAGCGCCUGCAGAAGCGUGUGAUCUUGGAAGAAGUCGUAGAGGGAUUUCCUGAGAAUUUACGGGAUUUUGAUUUGCCGCUUACCAUCACAGCAGUCCGCUGGCCCACUUACCGGACACCCUCCGAGUAUGGCAUUACUGCGAAUGCCGCUCGAGUGUACCUGAGACGCUGGCUCGAACCAGCGCGCGCAGGCAAAUUUCGCUUCCUCGAUCUUUCUCCGGAAUUGCGAAACAAGAUAUACGAGAAGGUGCUGCGUUUCCCCGACGUGGGCAUCAACUUUUCCGAAGACAAACAUUUCCAGCUCAUUCCAGGAGACCAGAAGUACGACCACACGGUCGAUCCCUAUUCCGAGGUGAACCGCGAGCAAUUCGUAUCAAACCAGGUUUGCAGCGAGCUUUUAGCGCUCUUCCGCACUUGCAAGAAAAUACACCAAGAAUCAUCUUCAGUCUUCUACGGAGUCAAUAAUUUCCGCUUUGAUACACUCAAGGACUUGCACAUUGCACUGUCGGCGAUGCCUAUCCGUGCCCAGGAGCAAAUACAGUGCCUCCACAUAUGCCUGGGCGCAGACGCCACAACGUUCUAUGACAUGGCGCCAGUCGGGAAUAUGCUGCAUCACCUUGCUCCAAAGCGACUGAAGUUCAGUUUCUUCCAUUGUCACUGGUUCGAACAGUACAACCAAGUGCGAAGAUCUGUUUACAACAGAACAGGUAAAGUUAGCGGCAAGAAGCCCGUGCAGGUCGAUACUUGCGAAAUGGUCGAAGAGUUGAAGCCUUUUAUGGACUUAGCGCGGCGUGCAGAAAAGAUCGAAAUUUUCGAUUGGGGCGGAACAGCCUUUAGAGAAUUUGUCAUGGGCCAGCUGGGUCUUCAACAAACUUGUUCUGCUGCUGUGAAGCAGGGGAACUGGGUGCACUGCGUUGUUAAGGGGUGA